AUUCAUCGAGCAUAAGAUUUAGCAAUUACUUUAAAACCGAAGAAGCAGAGAUUCUUGCCGUGACAAGCGUUGAACAAUUGCUCCGCCAAAUCGUUUACUUUCCCUAUGUGCGAUCUCUGUGCCGGGCAUAUAUAUGCACUACCUGCGGUAACCUAACUUUUAUCGAUAAAAAUCUCUUUUUAUUGAUUUUUUUCACGUAAAAAAACGAAAGGAAAACGUUUCCUCGGGUAAAAUUGUUUCGAACAGCUAUGCGAAAUCUCAACGAUAUCUCGGCGCUUUGGUUCUUCGUCAUGUUGUACGGCGCAUCAGGUUUCUCCAACCGAUUGAGGAUCAUGAUAGGCGACAAUAACCAAUAUUUCGUACAAGUAUUCGCGCGCAGAGAAGUAUUCACAAUUAAAGAAAUUAUUUAAUUAAUUGAACUUGCAUCGCAUUGCAGGGUGGCAUGUCUAAAAUCACGCAUACACUGUUGAAACAUAUUUUACAAGAGGAAGGCGAAAUAAAAUACAUCGAACCAGUUAGCAAGAUCAUGUUCAACGAUGUUCGAGCUUACGUGUUCACGGAAAAGCAAUAUUUCAGGUAUUAUCAAUACAUCGUGGAUAUAUUUUCGUUUGAUAUACGAUAGAAGUUACGAUAGGAAAAGAAGUUUCGCAGAUGCCAAUUAGCAGUUAUAGCGAUACCGCCUUCGAUGAUGGACAAUAUAACUAUCGAGCCAUCGAUGGCAUAUACGAAGGCAUUGUACGCGCCGGCUGAGAACGUAUUUUUCAACGUAACGUACAAGAAACCGUUUUGGGCCGAUAAUUCCAUAAAAGAUAUCAUAACCACGUGGGACCUCGACAACAAUUUAAACUUCGUCCACGACACGUCGCACGAGCACAGCAGUAAAGUUGUCCUGGCUGGAUUUCUCGCUGAAUCUCACUUCACUCAGACGCGAAAGAAAUGCCUGUUCACUACGCUCAACGAUUGUUACGAGUCCACAAAUGCUUCCAAUUAUUUACGGUACAAAGAAUACGAUCCUUCCUUGGCCAACGAUCGAGUGACAACAUUCGGUUGCCCGAUGAGCACGCUGAGGCCAACCUCGUUCGAUGAUCACCUGCACAAAGAGGGAUCUUACGAGAGGAUUUUAUUUACCUCGAGCGAAUACGCUAAGAAUUGGCCCGGCACUGUAGACGGCGCGAUCCAAGCGGGUGAAAGAACAGCUUUCGAGGUUUUACUGCGUCUUAGACCGCAAGUACUCUCUUUCCGCGAUAUGACUACUCUAGGCGAGAUGAUUAACGCGAAAACAAUGACAAGACAUCGGACUUAUUCCUGGAAAAUAUACACCGUACAAUACCUUGGGUUAAUACUUCAUGUUGCUAUUUUCUUAUCAUUUUUAAGAGUGGCUUACGACUGAAAUAUAACAC